AUGCAGGCGGAGGGGAGCUGUCACGGACAGGGGCAGGCGACGGGGAGUUGUCGCGGAUGGAUUCGGACGCCGGGGAACAACGCGGACGAACUUCGGACGCCGGGGAAACGCUGGUCGGCGGUUGGGUUUCGGGAGAACUAUAUCAAUUAUAGGCCAAGUUCAGCUGGGAAAGAUGACAACGGAAUGAAAAGGAUGAGCUUGCUUGCCCGUGCUGCAGAGUCUAUUGGGGAUGGUGAUAUUAUCAACGUCCAGAUUAGAAGAUAUCGACAGUGGCAACUCUCUCAAAUUGGCUCUCUUGCAUCUUCUAUAGUUCCCGCGGCUCUAUUACGUGGGCAACGGGGAAUACUUGAACAGAUGGGGAAAAGGUUAGCGCAGAUAGCCAAGCAAGAAGGACUUGAAGUUAAUGAGAUUGCACUUGAGGAAUUGGCAGAGAGAGUUAAUGGAGACAUGCGUAUGGCCUUGAACCAACUGCAGUAUAUGAGUCUCUCCAUGUCUGUCAUCAAAUUCGAUGACAUUAAACGCCGCCUUCAAAUCAGUUCAAAGGAUGAAGAUAUAUCACCCUUUACAGCUGUUGAUAAGCUGUUUAAUUUCAAUGCUGGAAAGCUGCGAAUGGAUGAGAGAAUUGACCUUAGCAUGAGUGAUCCCGAUCUUGUCCCACUAAUUAUUCAGGAGAACUAUAUCAAUUAUAGGCCAAGUUCAGCUGGGAAAGAUGACAACGGAAUGAAAAGGAUGAGCUUGCUUGCCCGUGCUGCAGAGUCUAUUGGGGAUGGUGAUAUUAUCAACGUCCAGAUUAGAAGAUAUCGACAGUGGCAACUCUCUCAAAUUGGCUCUCUUGCAUCUUCUAUAGUUCCCGCGGCUCUAUUACGUGGGCAACGGGAAAUACUUGAACAGGGAGAAAACAAUUACAAUAGAUUUGGUGGGUGGCUGGGAAAGAACUCUACAUUGGGAAAGAAUUACAGACUUCUGGAGGAUCUGCACGUUCAUCUUCUUGCAUCUCAUGAAUCCAAUUUGGGAAGGACAACAUUGCGACUUGAUUAUCUUACUCUUAUGACGACGCAGUUGACCAAUCCCUUAAGGGUGCUACCUAAGGAUGAAGCUGUUGAAAAGGUUGUUGAGUUUAUGGAUUUUUACUCCAUUAGCAUGGAGGACUUUGAUACAAUUGUUGAGAUAUCAAAGUUUAAGGGGCACCCGAAUCCAUUGGAUGGCAUACAGCCUGCAGUAAAAGCUGCAUUGACAAGAGCAUACAAUAAAGGCAGCUCAUCACGUGUGAUUCGGACUGCAGAUCUCAUCAAACUUCCUGGAAUGAAAAAGGCUCCUAAAAAGAGGGUUGCAGCAAUGCUCGAACCCGUAACUGAUCCUUCUGCGGAAGAAAAUGGUGAAGAAUUUGCUGUAAAUGAAGAAGAAAACCUGUCUGACACGGAAGAACUGGAAGACUCAGCAGACGCAGAGAAGAAGCUGCAAACAGAUCUAGAGAGUCUUAAUUCAAAGGGCAUCCAAGUCCAAAUGGACUUGAAGGGUUCAGGAAGCUCAAGUGCCAAAAGAGCACCUGCGGGCAGAGGAAAGGGGAGUUCUCAAGCGACUGAAAAGAAAGGGGGUCGUGGUUCUGGAUCCGCAACAAGGAAGAAGAAAUGA